AUGGCGCUGGCAUGCUGUCUUAUACUCUCCUCCCAAGCUGUGUCUAACCUGGAUGUGGAGAGUAAGCUGACCACACAUUUCCAGGCGCCGUGGCAUCAGCAGAGAAACGUCUUUCACCCAAACACACGUCCAGAAUGUCUCGUGGAGCUGCACAGACAAGCCAACUUCAGCGUAUGGGCCCUGCACAGAGAUCACGAGCAGAGGCGAGCCGACAGCAGAGAGCGCAGAGUCACCAUUUCCAUCUCAGCGCUGCCCCCGAUGCCCCUGUACCCCUCCCCAAACAUUACCAAGAAGCACUCCAAUUUAACCACGUUCGAAUCCACUCGCUCCUCCUCCCCCACCGAAUGUUGCCGCCUGUCUCCCUGGAGCAGAAAGGCCGCGCCCCUUGACCCAGACUCUGACGGGGUUGCCUUGGGUCACCGCUCUAAGUGUCCCAUCCCUAACAUCCCCACCACAUUGGACAAGCAGACUAACUGGACUAGAGCUCUGCCGCUGCCCACCCCAGAGGAGCGCAUGAAAACCAACUCUCAAGUCAUCAACUCAUGCGUCAUACCCAUUAAUGUGACCGGGGUUGGCUUUGACAGAGAUGCUAGUGUGCGCUGCUCCCUGGUUCACUCACAGUCUGUGCUUCAGCGGAGGAGGAAGCUGAGAAGACGAAGAACUGUGGCCGGCAUUCCCAGACAGGUGCAGCAAGAGUUAGCGUUCUUCUCCUCUGCCGACUCGGACGACUCACCAGGAUCUCGGGAGCGAGCAGUGAUCGUCCAUGCCAGUGCAGAUGCCAGCCCCUCCACAGAGGCACUAAACACUCGGGACUCAGGCUGUCAAACCGAAGACUUCCUGGUGUCUGGAGCUCCGUCCUGGAGGCGCAUCAGGGCCCAGAGAGGCCAGGCCCUGUCCCUGUCCUACUCCGCUGGGAACAUCUCCUCUCUGCGUGACACCACUGAUAACAUGUUCGCUGGAUCUAUGACCGCUCACCUACGCACCCGCAGUCUGCCCCGGGACCCCAGCCACCUGCUGGACAACGGGCACCAUGACAGUGACGAGGAGCUGUCUCCUUAUGAGGGGGAGGACUUCUUAUCAGCUGCAGCAGAGUUAAGACUGAGCGCUGAGGGCGGGAGCUCAGAUCCUCAGUCUCUGUCCAGUCUGCAGUAUAAUCCACUGCCGGACAGUCCUGAGCGGAGCUGGAUGGAGCGAGCCCAUGCAGCGUUGCCCAGAAAGAGUGACAUGGGAAGCUGUGAGAUCUCCUCCAGCUCAGACACCUUCAGCAGCCCAGUGCACUGUGCUGCGGCGGGGCUCCACGGGCCCAUGGACCAUAAAGAUGAGCACCAGUCCUCCAGCGGCAACUGGAGCGGCAGUAGCUCCACAUGCCCUUCCCAAACCUCAGAGACUAUCCCCCCCGCUGCCUCACCCCCCCUCACAGGCUCCUCCCACUGCGAUUCUGAGCUCUCUCUAAACGCAGCCACGCACCACACAGACGAUCCUCUAGACCACUACCAGGGCCUGAGGUCACAGCGUGCUGGCUCCUUCUCCUCCACAGCCAUGGACAUCCUGGAGGAGGCGGGGGUGGGCACUCCGGUGGGCAGUGACUGGGGCUAUCCUCAGACUGAAGCCCCCUGUCCUCAGGACUUCAGCCCUGAGCCAAACCCAGAGUGUAGUCUGGACUGCCCCAGCUUCACCAGCAUGGCCACAUGUGAGAGUAGCUUCUCAGACAAGCCCCUGUCUGAGAAGGCCGACACUGUGUCCCACUACUCUGUGGACACUGAAGGCUACUACACCUCCAUGCACUUCGACUGUGGGCUCAAAGGCAGCAAGAGCUUCACCUACAACAGCUACGCAGCAUCUGAAUACAGCCUCUCGGAGGUCGGGGGCCACAUGACCUUGGGCCGUCGCUGUUUGUCUCUGAGGAAGAAAAAAGCAAAACCGAGCCCACCUCAGAGAAGCUCAUCUCUCAGGAAAAUCAGCAGUGAGGGUAAUCUCCAGGAGCACAGUGAACCAAAGAUCAGCUGUGGACAGCAGCCACCCCUGUGCUCUAAAGAGCGUAGGCUGCAGUUGCCCCUGUCCAGCUCCUCAGGGCACAUGGAGCCCUCUCUGUCCCGGGAGUCCCUGGAGCCUCCAGGCCCUCUGGAGGUGUGGGACGGCUGCAGUGCGCUGCCUGACCUGGGCGUUUUCAGCUCCACAGAUGCACACUCGUUUAAAGAUGAAGGGGUGGUGCAGUCGGACUAUGCAGACCUGUGGCUCCUCAAUGAUCUUAAGUCCAAUGACACAUACAGAUCCCUGUCUAACUCCAGCACUGCCACUGGCACCACCGUCAUUGAGAAGAACCAGGACAGCUCUGGAUCUCAAACCUCUCAGUCUGGCUCCCGAUCCACCACGCCCUCUUUGCCCUCAGUAGAGGGCGACUACAAACUCACCUCUCCUGAGAAACUGGCCGGGUUAGCCAGCCCAUCCAGUGGCUACUCCAGUCAGUCAGAAACCCCCACCUCCUCCAUCCCAUCAGCCUUUUUUCCCGGGCCUCUGUCCCCCGCUAACAGGAAAAGAAAGCCCAAAGUCCCAGAAAGGAAGUCCUCUUUGACAUCACUGUCCUACAAAAAUGCUACAUGUAAAAAGGACCUGGAGUUACCUGCAAUCCCACCAUCCCAUUUGGAUUUUGCCGCUCUUCAAAACCACAACAAGGCUGUUGUUUAUAGGACUCAAAUUCUCCACCAAAACAAACCCAAAUUACCAGGAGAAACUGUAAGAGCGCCACCAAAAGGACAGUUAUAUGAUGUACAUCCCAUGGCCAUCACGCCUUCAGUGCUUCAUACUGUGCAGCUCAAAUCUAUUUUUAAGGAACAUGAAAACAGUCUAGAUGAAAACAUGCCAGAUGCCACUCUGACAGAUCCCACUAUGAGCCUAGCUAGUGCACUGUCUACUUCUACUGAACUGGGCAGCUCUGUUGUAUCCAGUCCUGAGGCCACUCCCCAAGAGUCAUGCGAGUCAGUCUUCACUUCACACGAGGAGCUUACAGGUUCUUGUGAGAUGAAUAGUCAAGACAAAGAGGUUUCAUCUUCAAAUGAGAGCAUGACACAUUCAGAGCCAACUUUGGAGAUGGACAAAGACAGCAACAAGUCAGACUCACUUAUCCUUUCUGAAGACUGCCCCCUGGAGUUGGAAAGCUUCACUGCGAGGAGACUGGAGAUAGUGGAGGAUGAUGAUUUGGACAGCAGCAGUGCAGAUAAAUUGUUGUCUAUGGAUAAUGAGUCAAAGCUUUCAGAGCAGUGUGCAGACAGUGAGGACAAUAAAGAGGUGGAAGACCCAGAAUCCUCAGGUGUGUCGACCGAAAGCUCCCCCAGCAGUAAAGACGAAGACUACUGCAGUAAAGACAGCACCCCAAGUGACCCCUCCGUGUCUCCUCUGAGCGAUGAGUCCAGACCAGAAGAUGAUAGUGUGUUUCUGUCUCCAACAAAAUCACGCACCACGGAGGACUUGUUCGCCAUGAUCCACAGGUCCAAGAGGAAAGUGUUGGGACGAAAGGACUCUACUGAAAUGUCUGCUCGAACCCGCCUGAGUGCUGCAUCAGGAAGUGCCUCUCCUUGUAGCUCUGCCUCCAGCCCAAGCCCCACCUCUGCUGUGUCUCCGCCCCCUGUUGUAACCCCGCCCACCGGCCUCCACAAAGUCCCAGGACCAAUCUACAGGAAUGCUAAAAAAUCCAGCACCUCUAAUGAAGAGUUCAAACUACUACUUCUGAAAAAGGGUAGCCGAUCUGAAUCCAGUUAUCGCAUGUCAGCUACAGAGAUCCUCAAAAGCCCCAUUACACCCAAAUCUCCCUCGGAUUCUUUACUAUUCGACUCGCCAAGACCUCAAGAAGAACCUGCAUCGCCCAUACAAUACCAAACCAGCUCUGAACAACCUAUUUCCAGCCCCUAUCCCAGAUCAAAUUCAGAGGGUUUCUCCCCAAAAUCUUUCCACUCCUCCAGACAGGGGCGCUCUAGGAUCCCCCCUCCUGCCAGCAGCAGUCGCUAUGGGAUGAGGCGACUCUACUCCGCACCAAUGCAAGCUAUUUCUGAGGGCGAAACGGAGAAUUCAGACAGUAGUCCCCAUGACGACCGAUCUUCAUAGAAAAAGGUCGAGGUAAAAACUAUUAUGGACCACUGGACUAAUGCACAUAAUCUAAAGGGCAUGUGAGCUGGAACAACUUAUGAAUUUAAAUUGUUUAAAAAUCAAAUCUAUAUUUAGUUUUUUAAAAUGUGUAAAAAUCUAUAUUUACUGAGAAUAGUGUCCCUUUAUGGUUUGUCUGUGCAUAGUUUCACUUGUAAUGGAUAUUUUACACACAAACUAUCGUCACCAUCAUUUAAAUGGGCAACCAGUUCUUUGAACUGUGCACAAAUGAAAACUUAUGCAAUGAAUUAUCACAGCUUGACAUUAAGAUGAAAUGCAGCUUUACUUGUUAUUUUAACUUCCUGUUUUGUAACUUAAUUUAUGUCAAAACUUUGUCACCAGACAAAAAAAACAACACAAUAAUCAGCAACACAUUUGUCAAAUUUGGACAUAGUUUUUCCCCUGCUGACCCUUUUAAACUGACUAUUAAAAGCACAUUACUAUUGUAAAUUGGUAUCUCAGUGUUUACUUUCCUACCUGAAGCCAAGUAGCUGGUUGCCUCCCUCCUAUUGUUCCCCUACAAAAUGAAUAAUGUACCACCCUAUGUAUUCUGUGAAUACCUAUGCAAUAAGAAACCAUUCUAUGAGUCACUUGUCCAACUAUUUUGAUAUCUACCCGUAAAAUAUCAGGGCUAGCACUGAGUGGCGCUGCAAGAGUGAAAAUGUGAAUGCACCUAUUCAUUCAGCUGGACAACAGUGUGAUAACAUGCCUGUACAGAAAAUAACUGAAAUAUAAAGAAUUACAUCCAUGUAUUUUAUAUCUGUCAAAGCCAAGCACUAACUUGACAAUCUAAAGACAAGAAGAAAACAGAAAGUGAUUUACAAGUGUGAGGUAGUGAAAUUGAGAGGCGUUUGGAACAAGGAGGACACAUGUAUUCUUAAAAAGGUCAUCUGUGGAUUUGCUGAUUUUGUUUGUUUACGAAUAGUCGCAGAGAGACGAGUGGAAUGUGUUCAGGGGGUUCAAAUGUUUAACCACUUACAGAAUCCAUACAUUAAGUGGCAGCUUCGAUCUCUGAAAGUUCAGUAUUUGUGGAGAUAUGACAUAAUCAAUCGUCUGCCUGUGGUCAACUUGGUCAGUAGUUGUCAAGCAGUAAUUUAUGGAGAUGGCAUCUGCUGCUUUUCUAUACCAAAUGUCCCUUUAUUUACUAGCCAAAACAUUUACUAACAUGGUCAAUAAUCAAAUUACACACACAAAUAUAUUUAUUUUUAUAACUUCACAGAAUAGAUCAUCUAAAAAAGUUGGUUUGUACCUUUGAAAUGCCCGUUAAUUUCUGGAGUAAAGUAUGCAAUGAUGAACAAAUAUUUAAUAACAGAUUUUUAGGAUCUGGUUGUGAUAAACAGAAGCAACAUAUAUAAAUAAAUGGUAUGGUCAGUUAUAAGCUAGACGUGCAUCUUUAAGUUUGAAGCUACUAGUGGUAAUGGUACUCAAGCUGUUAUCAUUAGCCCAGUAAGAGUCUAUUUUUGAAACAUAAUACAAGUUAGUUUACUUUAAAUUACUUUACAACUAACAGUAGUCAAACAGUAGUGCCAAAAUAUUGUAUGGGUUUUUAGUAUACAGUAAACAAACAAUUGAGCAAUGAAUCUAACCCUAAAAUAACAAAUCAUAACUAAUAUUUCAUAUUCUUUAAAUGGAUUGGAUCCAUGUGGGGGAAAAAUGAUAUUAUUGUUAUUUAUGUAAAAAAUUUUCAGCCCUUCAGUAAGAUUUUUGCACAGUUCUUUAUGUGACAGAUUACACAUCUGAUUUACCUACCCUCAGUUGUUUUGAUAGUUGUUUUGUUACUGCACUGAUCUGUUUUAUCUGGAAAUAUAUUUGCACCAAGCUGUUGAUCUUACUUUAUAAUAAUAACACUAUAACACAUAAACUUUAUUCUCAGCCCGCACAGCAAGCCGUUCCACUUGGCUUCCCAGUUGCCACCUUUUCCAAAAUGGGUCUAAACUAAUUCUAAACCAAGACUGAAUUAGUUGUUGAAAACACUCUGAAGUCUGUAAACAGGGUCUGUACACCGAGACUAAACUGCCAUGAGAGGCAUGUACACAACUUAACCAGGGACUAAACCAGGACUAAAUAGGACUUAAACCAGGAUUAAACCAGGUCUAAACUUUAACCUAACCAUCAUUUGAAGAACUAGUUUACCAUCAGAUAUCACCACUGGACUUGACUGUUCUGCCAAAGUCUACAUCAUAUUUUAGAGGCAUUUGUUUUGUCUUUAUUGUUUACUUGACUGAAAACCAAUGCUGACACAAACACAUAAUGGUACUAUAGACAUUUUAUUGAAUCCACAAAGAUAAUACUGUUACUACUAUGAGAAUUGUAUUUUUCUUGUAUACAUUUGUAAAUAGAAUAACUUUUGUCACUAAGUUUGUUGAAUUGUAAAAAAAAAGUUUUCAAAGUUUACAUUAAUUUGAACCUUUGUAUAUUUUUGAGCUGUGGAACACCUUGUAUUGUAUUUAUUUUUAGUAAGCGUUGAACCCAUAGUAAAUCUUAUUGGAACCAACUGCUGCAGCACAACAGGCUGCUGAGCAAAUGUACAGUUUAAAGAGAUAAAUAAAUGUGACUGAUUAAAAUAA